AAUGAACAGAGAAAGACAGAAGAGAUGCUUGAAGAAAGGCAGAGAGAGAUGGAGGCAGAGAGGAUGCAAAUUGAGAGUGAACUGAAAAGCGGACAAGACAGGCUUGAAAAGAGGCAGAGAGAAAUGGAGGCAGUUAGAAGGAAAAUAGAGAGUGAUCUGAGAAAGAAAGAAGACAUGCUUGAAGAAAGGCAGAAUGAGAUGGAGGCAGAGAGAAGGAAAAGGGAGAUUAAACAGAGAAAGAAAGAACACAUCAAUGGUGACACUGACCAUCUGAGGGAAUUGAGGAGGGGGAGAGUUAAAAUGGAUAAAGGUCAAACGGAAAUCAAAGAAGUACGUCCAAAGCAACAACAUCCCAAAGAUCACAUUAAAAAGGAAGACCCACAAGUCAAAGAAAAGAAUGACAUGGACAUUCAAGGGCCUGAGCUACUGGCAAGUGGAAUGGAUGGAGGAAUGAAGAAACAAAGAGUUGUUAAAACAAGAUAUAAACUCAAAGUUAUGAAAGAAGGUCCCAAGGAAAACGAUUCUAAAAAGCCAGACACAAGAGUGAAACCAACUGAAGUGAUUGUUUUAAUGCAAGACGUAGUGGGCCGGGCAACUGACACAGAUGUGGAAAUUAAGCAAGAGAGAGUAGAUAAAUUAGGCAUUGUCCCAAAUGAAAAAAAUGCCAAAGGACAUGUUGAAUAUGUAAAGAAACAAGUUCAAGAAGAGACUGACAUGGAUUUCUUUGUUGAAGAUCUUGAGCAACUGGAAAAUGACUUGGAUGUGGGAAGAACAAACAGGACAACAAAUCCCAAAAAGGAAGACAAACUGAAAGUCAUGAAAAAAAGUUCAAACGUACAACAUGCUACAGAUAAUGACAAACAAAGAAAAGUAAUAAAAGGAUGUCCAAAUGAACAAAAUACCAAUAGACAUGUUAAAAUUGUAACGAAACAAGUUCAAGAAGAGACUGAAAUGGAUUUUUUUCUUGCAGAGUUAGAGCAACUGGAAAAUGACUUGGAUGUGGGAAUAAAGAACAGGACAACAAAUCCCAAAAAGGAAGACAAACUGAAAGUCAUGAAAAAAAGUUCAAACGUACAACAUGCUACAGAUAAUGACAAACAAAGAAAAGUAAUAAAAGGAAGUCCAAAUGAACAAAAUGCCAAAGGACAUGUUAAAAUUGUAAGGAAACAUGUUCAAGAAGAUACUGACAUGGAUUUUUUUCUUGCAGAAUUAGAGCAACUGGAAAAUGACUUGGAUGUGGGAGUAAUGCACAGAACAUCAAAUCCAAAACAUCAAAUCCAAAUCCAAAACGAAGACAAACAAAAAUUUGUGGAUGAAAGUCAUAAGGAACAACAUGCUACAGAGGAUGAUAAACAGAGCAAAGUUGUCAAAGGAAAUGCAAAGCAACAACAUGAUAUGAAGUUAGAGAAACAAGCAAAAGACGAAACCGAAGGGAAUUUGUCAAGUGCCUGGGGAUCAAAUUCCAAAAAGGUAGACACACUUAAAGAUGCAAAAGAAAGUUCCAAGGACAAACAUGCUAGAGAGGAUGACAAAAAAAGAAAAGAAAAUGAACUCAUUCAAGAUGAAAAAACUGCCAAAGAACAUGUGAAAAAUAUAGGCAAACAAGUUGAAGAGACUACCAUGGAUUUGGUAAUUGAAGACCUUGAACUGCUGGAAAGUGGGAAUGAUGGGGGAUUGAAGCUCAAGAGAUCAAAUACUAAAAUGGAAGACAAACUUAAAGUGACAAAAGAAAGUCCAAAUGAAGAACAGGCUAAAAGAUUCGAGACACAAGUAAAAAAAGAAACCAAAGUGAAUUUGUCUAUUGAAAAGCUAGCACUAAUGGAAAAAGACACCGAUGGAGGAAUGAAGAACAUGAGAUCAAAUCCCAAAAAGGAAAACAAACAAAGAAAAGCACUGAAAGAAAGACAAAUAGAACAAAAUGCCAAAGGAAGUAACAACGGAAAGACAAAGGACACACAAGUCAUAGAAGAGACCGACGCAACCUACAAGAAAGAAAUCCAAACAGAGAUGCCGAAGUCAAUUCUUGACAAGAUACGCAAUAAAAUCGACCAACACAGAAUCCAAAAGAAGGAAAAACAGAAACAAAAAAAUCUUAAAUUCCUUCAAGAAGCAUUGACCACUCAUGAAGUAUUAGAUGUGGCAUUAAACAUACAUGCCAAAAAGAAGCCUAGAAAAUGGGUCAAAUGCCAGGAUUUUUCAAUAUUUCAGUGUAAAUGAACUGCACCGUAGAUUCCCUGGAUGCUGCAAUCAACUGAAACGUGCCAUGUGGUUCUGGAACAUGAUUUUCUUAAUUUGUAUUCAAGAUCAA